UAUAUAUACCAGGCCAUGGGUGGCAUAUUGUUGUCCUCUGUCUUGUUGGAACUUCAUAAGCUCUCAGCGGCAGCAGCAUCACUGAAGCGGGGUGAAGCUGGGAACAAGGCAAGGCAUGGUUCCUUUCAAAGGGGAGCAUAUAUGAUUAAUUUGUCGCAGAGAAUGGUGUCUCGGAGGGGGUUUGUAUCCAUCGUCCUUGCUAAGAUCCAUCGUUACACAGCACGAAGCCAGGGAGUUUUGGCCAAGAAUCAGCAGAGAGUGGCACUGUGGAAGCUUGGCAUGCGUCAGAUAGUGAGUGCAGGGAAUGUGACAGUCCGCAUGGUUGAAUAGCUCUGGGGGGGUGGAUGCGCAUGUGCAUGGCUUGCGGGUGGAAACUAAUAUCUGGACAUUGUACAAGAUCAGUUAAGGCUCAGCACUGAAAACUGGGCUCUUAAGUGUGAAACAUGCGAGAUGUCUCAUGUACCAGCGAGAGAAAUGAUGAACUCUUCUGAAUUUCCACGCUAGCUAGUCCUGGCUGCAGAUUGUCAAAUUGUUGUAAUAUGUUACAUUGAUACUAGUUUGGUCAUAUAUACAAAUAAAAUUCAAUCUCAAUUAGGCUAAGAAUUUAUUAAGAGGUAGCACAAUGGUUUAGAAGAAUUA